ACACUCCAGGGACAGCCCCGGGUCGGGUCCCUGCACAGCCACCCAGCGGGGGGAUGGGGCGGUGGGUCAGCGGGUUGUGGGGCGGCUGUGUCUGGAGGGCGGCUGUCUUGCAGGGCACCGCGGCACGUGCCAUGGGGGACUGGAGUCUGCUGGGGCGGCUGCUGGAGAGUGCCCAGGAGCACUCCACAGGGGUGGGAAAGGUCUGGCUCACCGUCCUCUUCGUCUUCCGCAUCCUGGUACUGGGGGCGGCCGCUGAGCGGGUCUGGGGUGACGAGCUGUCUGGCUUCUCCUGCGACACGCAGCAGCCCGGCUGCCAGAACGCCUGCUAUGACAGCACCUUCCCUAUCUCCCACCUCCGCUUCUGGGUUCUGCAGAUCAUCUUCGUCUCUACCCCCAGCCUUGUGUACCUGGGCCACAUCCUGCAUCUGGUACAUCUGGAGGAGAAGGCGCAGCAACAAGCGGCAGCACGGGCCAGCAGCGGGGCCAGGCGGCAGCGCCCUAGGCAGCCCCAAGUCCCUGUGGGGGACACACGGGGACGGGUUUGCAUGCGGGGAGCCAUCCUGAGGACGUACAUCUGUAAUGUCGUCUUCAAGGCCCUCUUGGAAGUGGGCUUCAUUGUGGGCCAGUACACCUUGUACGGGUUCCAGCUGAAGCCCCUCUACACCUGCAGCCGCUGGCCCUGCCCCAACACCGUCAACUGCUAUAUCUCCCGGCCCACUGAGAAGACCAUCUUCAUCCUCUUUAUGCUGGGAGUGGCCUGUGUGUCCCUGCUGCUCAACCUGGUGGAGAUCUACCACCUGGGUCUCACCAAGUGCCGGCAGGGGCCAGGCCCCAAGUCCCACAUCCUGCUCAGUCCUGGUGGCCCUGCAGGGCCCCACAGUACCCGCGUCACCCUGCCCAGCAGCAGCAGCCCCAUGGCUGCUGGCAGACCCCCCCGUGGCCUGGCACCCCUGGGGAAAGCGGGUGCAUGGUUGGGGGUGGCCUGUGUGUCCCACGGGAAGGCGCGAGUGGCAGACCUGGAAGUGUGA